AUGAUACUCAUUGACCCGAGACUUCUGGCUGGGACGGUGGCUAUUUCUCUGCUGCUGGUCACACUAUACCAUUUCGUCCUCCGGCGCAAACAGAAGUCUACUCCAUCGUCGACAUCAACAUGUCUGCACCAGUUCCCGCCAUCCCGUCGCCAUGUGCUUGCCAGACUUCCCCAGUUCGAGACCCGGAAAUUGCCCAGGGAUAUUCCCCCAUCCGUGCUGAUCUACCAAGCUCUACCAACGACGAAGGAAGCGGAUCUGAGCAAGGACGACCAGUACACGCCCACGGGAUUCUCGACACAAGAGAUUCGUGCCCUCGGCCGGUUCCCCGACUACGCCAUGUUGAGCGGUGUUCCAAAUCCUGAACCAUGUAGCGGGACAUGGGACAUAUCUAGAGCCCGUUUCCGGCCGUUUAGGCCGUUCCGCUGGAAUUACCAUCAGCAUAUGGCAUUGAUGAAAUACGACCCAAAUUGGUGGAUCGAGUUGGAGAGCAACUACACGCAAACCAUGGCAGCGCGACAGGCCCUGCUAGGCAAACACCCGGAGCACAUUUUCUUCCAAUCCCCCGGCGCGGAUCUUGCCGUGCGUGAGCUCUCCGAGAUGCUCCUGCAGUUCCUCACGCUCCGCUACCCAGGACACUUCUCCCUUUCGCACGGCAACACCCUAUUCCACAACCGCCUUCUGCACACAGUCACCGACCUGUCCACCACCCCGCCUCUGCGCGCAAUCUUUGACAACGUCCCCGAGGACUACGCGCUCAUGCUGCGCAGCGAGCUUGAUGGCGUCUACCACCUGCGAGCCGCGGCCGUCUGUUCCUCCGUGGGCUGGCACAUCGGCCUGCACCGUGACGCGCCGCUGCGCGCAAUCCACACCGACGUCCCCGACGCCGGCCGCAUGGCCUUCAGCAUGGACCGGUGGUUCACGAAAGUGCCGACUGAUGGUCCCGUGUCGCGGUGCUCGUGGAGUCUGGAGGACUGGGAGGUGCUCUUUGCCAGUCCCGGGGUUGGCGAGGAGGAAGGGGAGGAGAAGUGGACGCGGAGUCGCUUUGUGGGUAGGGAGAGUGAGCUAGCGGUCAAGGAUAUUCGUUUGAGGUGUGAUUACCAGACGCUGAGGAGGCUGCCGUUAAGUGGAGCCGUGGUGUUUAACUUCAAGGCGGUCUUCACGCCGCUUGAGGAGUUGCGGGAGGAGCCGUUUGUGCCGGCGCUUUUGGCGAAAGUGCUGGCGGAAGGGAAGGAGAAUUUGGUCACGUAUAAGGUGGAAGAGCAUGUGAAGGAGGUGGCGUUGAAGGCGCUGGAAAAGUGGGCGGCCGAGCAGGUUCAACAGGGGGUCGUACCUGCCGAUUGGGAAGUUCGUACGUUGGAUGAAAGCCCGUUCUUUCCUCAAUGGCAGGAGAAGUGGAGGCGUCAACAGGGCUUUGACUGCCUGUAG